AUGGCUUUAGAUUUUUCCGCAACCUAUAAACUAUUAGUUUUAGGCGAUUCAAACGUGGGGAAGACAUGUAUUGUGCACAGAUACUGCGACGAGAGAUAUUACGAUAUUUACAUAUCCACAAUAGGUAUAGAUUUCAAACAAAAAAUUAUAAAUUUGGAUGGAGUGCCAAUUAAACUUCAAAUAUGGGACACUGCUGGCCAAGAAAGAUUCCGCACUCUCACUACGGCAUAUUAUCGUGGUGCAAUGGGCAUCAUACUAAUGUACGAUAUAACCAAUCUUGAAUCGUUUAACCACCUGUCUUAUUGGCUGAGGAAUAUUCAAGAGUAUGCGUCCCCAGACGUUAUCAAAGUAUUAGUUGGUAACAAAUGCGAAGUUCAUGAGAACCACCGAGCUGUUCCUAAAGAGAGAGGUCAAAAGAUAGCGGAUGAUUUUGAUAUGCCAUUCUUUGAGGUUUCCUGUAAGAGUAAUAUUAACAUAGAGGAAGCGUUUUUAACCUUAGCAAGAAAAAUAAGGGAAUAUAGAGAGACUAAGGCGGAUGCAUUCGAACUUAAAGAAAGAGACAACGUGUUUAAGCCUUCAGAUUCUGAGACAGAUGUGUCAAAGUGUAGCUGUUAG